AUGAGCACGGAGCGGACGUUGCCGGAGGACAAACCUCCCCAGGACCCCAAGCUCGCCGGCCCCGAGUGGCCGUGGGAGAACCUUUCCUGGACCCAAGCGGGCCGCCCGCCCCGCCUCGAGCCCCCGUCCUCCUCCGCCCGGCCCCCUGCCCCGCCGCAGCGCAAGGGCGAGCGCCCCUACAUCUGCAACGAGUGCGGGAAGAGCUUCACCCAGUGGUCCAAGCUGGUGCGGCACCAGCGCAUCCACACGGGCGAGCGGCCCAACACCUGCACCGAGUGCGGGAAGAGCUUCACCCAGAGCUCCCACCUGGUCCAGCACCAGCGCACCCACACCGGCGAGAAGCCCUACCGCUGCUCCGAGUGCGGCAAGAGCUUCAGCUGGAGCUCCAACCUCAUCCAGCACCAGCGCACCCACACCGGCGAGAAGCCCUACCAGUGCGGGGAGUGCGGCAAGGCCUUCAGCCAGAGCACCAACCUCAUCAAGCACCAGCGCUCCCACACCGGCGAGAAGCCCUACCAGUGCGGCGACUGCAAGAAGAGCUUCUACCGCAGCUCCGACCUCAUCCAGCACCAGAUCACCCACACCGGCGAGCGGCCCUUCAAGUGCGCCCAGUGCGGCAAAGGCUUCACCCAGAGCGCCAACCUGGUCAAGCACCAGAAGAUCCACGCCGGGGAGAAGCCCUUCCGGUGCACCGAGUGCGGGAAGACGUUCAUCCAGAGCUCGGAGCUCAUCCAGCACCAGCGCACCCACACCGGCGAGAAGCCCUACGAAUGCCUGCAGUGCGGGAAGAGCUUCGGGCACAGCGCCACGCUGGUCAAGCACCAGCGGCUGCACAUGGGGGUGGAGCCCUACAAGUGCCCCACCUGCCACAAGACCUUCGGGCUCAGCUCGGCCCUGGCCCGCCACCAGCGCUGCCACACCGAGGAGCGGCCCUACGCCUGCGCCGAGUGCGGGCAGAGCUUUAGCCUCAGCUCCAACCUCACCCUGCACAUGCGGAUCCACCGGGGCGAGAAGCCCUACCGGUGCGGGGAGUGCGGGAAGAGCUUCGGCAUGAGCUCCACCCUGAUCCGGCACCAGCGGAUCCACACCGGCGAGAAGCCCUACCAGUGCGCCGAGUGCGGGAAGAGCUUCGUCCGCAGCUCCCACCUCAUCCAGCACCGCCGCACCCACACCGGCGAGAAGCCCUACCGCUGCGGGGAGUGCGGCAAAGCCUUCAGCCAGAGCUCCAACCUCAUCACCCACGAGCGCAUCCACAUGGAGGAGCGGCCCCACGUGUGCCACGAGUGCGGCCAGCGCUUCGCCGAGGAGGAGGCCCUGCAGCGGCACCAGGAGGAGGGGCAUAGCGGCGGGGCGGGAGGCAGGGGGCUCGGGGAGAGCCGGGAGGCUUGCAUCUGCAACGAUUGCGGGAAAAGCUUUGGAGAUAGCUCAGCGCUGGCCAAGCACCGGGAGAUCCAUUCAUCUGGCAUCUGCGACGAUUGCGGGAAAAGCUUUGGAGAUAGCGUCGCGCUGGCCAAGCACCAGCUAACCCAUGUGUCUUGCAUCUGCAACGACUGCGGGAAAAGCUUUGGCGAUAGCUCAGCGCUGGCCAAGCACCAGGAGAUCCAUUCAUCUUGCACCUGCGACGAUUGUGGGCAAAGCUUUGGAGAUAGCUUAGCAUUGGCCAAGCACCAGAUAACCCAUGUGUCUUGCAUCUGUAACGACUGCGGGGAAAGCUUUGGCGAUAGCUCAGCGCUGGCCAAGCACCAGGAGAUCCAUUCAUCUUGCACCUGCAACGAUUGUGGGCAAAGCUUUGGAGAUGGCGUCGCGCUGGCCGAGCACCGGGAGAUCCAUGCCCCAUGCAUCUGCCCGGAGUGCGGGCAGAGCUGUAAGGACAGCGCUGCCCUGACCCGGCACCAGAUCACCCACAUGCGUGAAAAGCUUUACAAGUGCCCCGAUUGCGGGCAAAGCUUUGGCGACAUCUCUGCCCUCACUCAGCACCAGAGGAACCACAUCAGGGAGAAGCUGAGGUGCCCCGACUGCGGGCAGGGGCUCGGGGUGAGCUCGGCUCCGGCCCCAGCUAAGCCCUUCCACGAGUGCUCGGCGGCCGGUGCCCACGAAAGAAGCCACGCCGAGGGGGAGCCCGUCCGUGACAGCUCAGAGCUUGGUGUCCACGAAAAAGGCCACCCCAGGGUGGAACCGUCCCACGCGGCUCCGGGCGUCCACCAAAGAGGCCGGGCCGCGGCAGAUCCCUUCCCCGACGGCUCAGCCAGCGGCGGCCGCCCCGGCUCGGGCGAAAUGGCCAGCCUCAUCCAGCGCCCGGCCACCGAACCCUACAAGUGCCACGACUGCGGCCGGAGCUUUGCCGAGGGCUCGGGUCUCUCCCGCCACCUGGCCUCCCACCCCAAGCCCUUCCGGUGCCCGCAGUGUGGGCGCGGCUUCCCGGACGCGGCAGCCCUGGCCCAGCACCGGGAGGUCCACGUUGGAGGGGAGUUGGCCGGGUCCGGGGAGAAGAGCCGCAAGAGCUGUGCCGAGAUCUCCGCCAUCCUCUUGCGCCAGGGAAACCACGUGGCUGGGCGUGGCCCACGGAGGCACGCGGCAGACGGCUCCCUUCCUCCCGGCGGCUCGGCCCUGGCUCGGCCACGCCUCCAGCCCUCGGGCCGCGGCCUGGCCACGGCCGCCCGCCGGGACGGGAGGAUGUCUCUGGCACGUCCGGAAUGUGGCAAAGGCUCCCAGGGGGGCUCCGUGCUCCUACAACACCUCCAGAACCACGUGGGGGACAGGGUGUGAGGCCCCCACGGCCACCCGGCAAGUUCA